CUAGCAGGAUGUGUCUUGAAGAAGAGUGAAAAUUUUAGCAUAUACAGGGUCAGCUUUCUCACAGCUUUCUCACUGUUCACAUUGACCAAUAAGGCCUUUAAAACUGCAUAUUGGAAGCUUCUGAUAAACUAAGACCUUAAUUGAUAACACCACAAUAUGUAUGCAGGAACCAUUAUUUUUAACACAUCAAUGCAAAGGCUAACGACUAGAACUUGAAAGGAAUCGUUUUAUAUUUAUUUAAAGUAUAACGUGUUACAAAAUCCUGGAAGCAACUGGAAGUACUUAUCUAAGUGACUCAAGAUGUUGAAUCCUUUUACUGAUAGAAACAAUACUUUUGUUGAUGAAACUAAGCCUAAUGAAUUUGAAUCUGGAAAAAUUAAUAAUAAGCAGUCAUUAUCUAUUUAUGGUGUUAACAAAGCUCACAGCAAUUCUAGAAUUUAUUCAGUAUCAUCCGAAUUGAAAGAAAUGGAUCAAAUCGGUGCAACUUUUGAAAACUUUGAUAAUAAUAAGAAUAGUUUAAAGUCAAGUGAAGUUGUCGAAUGCGUUGCCGAGUCAAAAACUGCUUGUGUUAUCAACAAAUGUAAUAAUGAGGUCUCUUCAGAGUUGUCAAUUCCAAUGAAGCAAGUAAUUAGCGCAGCAGAUACUGGUAACGGCAUGUUAAAUAGUGAUGACAUCGCAUCAGUUGCUUCAUCCUUUGUGAAACCUUAUAUGUAUAGUUCAAAUGUUCAGUCUGGUUCUAAUGCUAAGACAUGCUCUCCAUUUCUUAAUAACAGCUAUAUGGACAAUAAAAUUGAUUACUUUCGCAGCAAAUGUGACUCAUCCGUGAAAGCAGAUAAUUUGCGCGAAAAACUCAAUAAUGAAAAAAAGACGGAAAUGGAGUUCAAAAAACUUGUUCAGGAAAUUCGUGUAAUAAUAGGAAGUCCAUCGGUUAAGCCUUCUGCUUUGCUGCGAGUCUUGAAGAAUAUAUAUAUGUUAGAUUUAUCACAGGUAACAUUAGUUCGUAAUCCAUUCGAUGUUGCACAGAUAUUUCAAAUGCGAUGUAUCGCUAAAAUAGAACCUACUCAUGCCAGAAUACAACGAAUGCCAAAAAGAUUAUUAGUAUGUAACAAACUCGAACAAUUAGUUGUGAAAAUUUGGCGAAAAUUGGAUAUAAGUCAUGUCAACAAAAAAUAUCAAUUUAAAAACUUGUCAAUAUCUUUUAGAACGAAUGCUGCAAAUGUUGACAUAGAUCAGAUUUCUAAUGUACAAUAUUGUCUUCGCUAUAAGUAUCCCUUGAAGUAUAAUAUGAUGCCGUUGACAAAAACUAAAAGUUUCCGUCUUCUCAACUCUUAAUACCUUAGUACUCAGUCUCACAAGUAUUAUUCAUUUCUUAUAUCGAAAGUGAAAUUUUUUCAAA